AUGGAAAUCAAUGAGUCAUCUUUGAGCGUGUUUUACCUCAGCAAAUGGUUGGCUUUGGCACCGAUUUCAAUACAGCAAAACGCGAAAGGUGUAAUCGAGAUAAAACGUAGUAUAAUAUUCUCUAUAUAUGCUAUCACUUUGGGCCUAAUAAUGGUCAUACUUUGCUACGAAGGCUUACUAUUCGAUGCGAAUUCUAAAGUUCCUUUGCGAAUGAAUUCUUCUACCUCGAGGGUUGUCACUGCGAUGGACGUUACUGUUGUGGUGUUCUCCAGUCUGGCUGGCAUUGGAUGUGGCAUGUUUAGUGUUACGCCUUCACGAGAGCUAAAUUUGCGUUUAAGAAAGUUCGAUGCUUCCUUGCAUUCAUUUUCAAAUUUCAAACGUGAUCGGAUCACAACCAGAAUAAUGGCCAUCAUACCGAUGACUAUAAGCGGAGCACUAAUAGCUUUCGAUAUAUGGACAUGGGUACUACAAGUAGAAAUUUCGCCAAACAUGAGCUCAACCGCCAAUGUCAAGUGGUAUAUCCCGUUUUACUUACUUUAUUUUGUUAUGAUCGGUUUUCACAUUUUAUUCGCCAACACGGCAUUUGGACUCGGCAAACGCUUUCGGCGUUUGAAUGCAAUGCUGAAAUGCCAAUACUUGUCUGAGAGCAAACCAUACAGCUUAGUGAGAACGCAGAUUAACAGCAUUAAAAUCAUGCCUGACAAAGCGAUGUCACUACACGAAAGUAUAGACCGUUUGAACACGGAGUCAUUGCCCAAAGACGGUUUGAGCAAAACACGUGUUAUGCUCUUGAGAUCACUUGCCGAAAACCACGAAUCGCUGGGUAAAUGCGUACAGAUAUUUUCAAGCACCUUCGGCAUUGCCGUGCUGUGCAUACUUGUUUCCUGCCUGCUGCACUUGGUUGCCACUGCGUAUUUUCUAUUUCUAGCAUUGUUAAACCCAAAUGUAACCGGUUAUGCGUGGGGUCAGGUGCUGUGGAUUUUUUUACACAUAUUAAGACUGUUACUGGUGGUAGAACCGUGCCACAUGGCAACCUUAGAAUCAAAGAAGACCAUACAAAUUGUUUGUGAGAUCGAGCGUAAAAUGCAUGAUCCUGUGCUAGUUGAAGAGAUUAAAAAGUUCUGGCAACAAUUACUGGUUAUCGAUGUGGAAUUUUCCGCUCUCGGGCUUUGUCGCAUCAACAGAAAUAUACUAACGGCGCUUAGUUCAGCUAUCGCUACAUAUCUGGUUAUACUCAUACAGUUCCAAAAAGCAAGCGGUUGAUGCAUUAUCCUUUUAUCUUGUGAAUUUCGAGUAUUUAGACCACUUAAAAGAA